CUCCGGUAGUGUGUAAUGGUCCCAUCGGAAGUAACCGAGGGGGUAGAGAGGCGUUUUUAUAAACGACAACUACGAGUAUAUUACACGGAAACACGGAAACAUAUCAACUGACUAUUAAACAUUUUCAAAUCAAUUGACUUCGCGUGAACAAGACAAGUGUUUCAUUUUGAUUGAAUGAACGCGAUUAUUUUUUAAUUAAUCUUAAAAUGUUCUGCUGCGAUCCUUCAAACUGUUAUAAAAUAGUUUGUUGUUUACUUUUUUGCGUAUCAAUUUAGUCUAUUAGUCUAGUGAUGUGUUCCGCUAGGAGUACAGUGAUGUGCGAUUAUUCUGUGUCUUUUAUUUCUUGACAUUUGACGGUUUGAAUAAUACUGUGAUAAAAAAUGUUCCAUAAAAGGAGGCAAGAAACUAGAAAAAGAAGUUCCAAAUUAAGUAGAUUGGAAGAAUUGGUUCUGCCUAACGCAAAACUAAAAUUUUGUCCGGAUCAGCUUCAAAAUUUGAAUUACAUAAUUAAUAAGAGGUUGCAGCAAAACAUUUCUAAUGGAUCAGAAAAAUCGUUAUUAUUGGCAAAAUCAGUAAGCGAGAGAUUGGUACAGAGACUGCUGUGUGGGGCAGGCAUGUUAGAUCCAAGGUUCUCGUCCAAAUACCUAAUUUGUAACAAUCAACACAAAAUAAACAAUAAUUUAUCUAAUAAACUAGACUACAUUGUAAGACUGGACUGCUUGUCUUUACCCAACUUAUAUAAAACUGAUGCCAAGCCAAAGUAUUCCGUAACAGAAUCAGAGUCAGAAUACCCAGCUGGAUUUGCAAGGAUCAAGCUGCACACGUCGACAUUUAAAAUUUGGGGCGAUUUCACUAACUCGCAAGGAUUUUUUCGAAGGGAUAAAGUUCAAGCUAGAUUGGUGGAAUUAUUGGCUAUAGCGGCUUCCAAAGAAGUACCAACAUCUCCUCUGUAUAUCGAUGAGUCUGUCCAUUGUGGUGUACCUGGAAAGGUGCUAGAUGCUUUUACGCUUCAUAAUAUUUUAAAACUGCCACCAGAUCAACAUGUUUACUAUGGUCCAGGUGGUAAUGUGCCAAGAUUUCCAGACCCUAGAGACUUCAGACUGGCCAUUGUGGACGAGCCAGACGGCAUAAGAUUAAAAAUUGAAUUCUUAUCGCCGGCUCUAUCAAAUAUUACUGUUGACGUUACGAUCCUUGUGGCCAUUGGAAUCGAUUGCUGGCCCGCCUCAACUGAUUUUCCCAACAGAUUAUCCCUGGGACAUCCGGAUUGUUUAUUGUACCAUCAGGCGGCUCAAACGGGGAUGUACUUGGUGGGCUACGGGGUACACUCUUCAGCUUGGCAAAUACGUAUGCCAGCAGCAGAAUACGCAAUCUUAUCUCAUUACGGUCAAAAUAGCACUGUAAAAACGGUUCUGGAUAUGCUUUAUUUAAUUUUGGAAGACAUUGAUGGCUCUAGGAUAUCAAGAAAACAUCAUGUAUCCUACAAAAUCCUAACCAAAUACAUACUAGUAACGGCGUUAUUAGAAGAACUCGAAGAAAGUUCACUGGGUCCAAUAAGCGAUAUGAUAAUCUGGUCACCUUUGCAUCUGUCGACACAUUUACUUAGACUAUUGGACAAAAUAGUUGCCAAACUUCAAGCCGAAAGGUUGCCAAAUUAUUUUUUCAAAAAAGCUAAUUUACUUGUAAACCCGGGCCAUUUGACCGACGAUGACUUCGUUUUAGAAGCUAAUAAUGUCAAAUCCGUCGUAGCGAGGCUAUUUGACGAAUCACUAAUGUCUACAAAAGGAAAUGAUGAAUUUAAUCGAAUCAUACAAGCCCAGGAGAGCGAAAUGAUUCUUUUGUUGAAGUGGAGGGACCUCGUCGAAGGAUUACUACCACCUCCAGGCACCAGAGGACGACGAUUUUGCUUUGCAGGAUCAAAAAACAGACAGGAAAUAGCCCAUACGCAAUACACCAUGAGACAGUUGGAGUAUAUAGGAAUGCUAUUAAAUAGGAUGUUAAUGGUUAAACAAAAUAUUAUGCAGUUUGAUAACUCAAUGGAGGAUUUCAUCAAUUCUCAAAACUACCACCAAGAUCAUCCAUUAGAAGACAUAAUAUUUGUCCUAGUGACAAUCAUGGAUCAAGCUAGAGACCAGUACUUAUCUACCGCUACUAAUCCUGCCAUAAUAAAAAACAGACUAAAAAUAAAAAGCAACUUUAACAAUCACACGUCAAAAUUAGUGGAUCUCAUGAGAAAAGAUAAAGAACUCUUAAGUUUAGUGACUUUUGAGGAAGAUCUGAGUUUGGUAAAGACAAUACUUAAGUGGUUAUAUAGAGGAAUGGAUCAAAGUAAGCGAUAUUUAGGUCCAAUUUUGAGGCCUUAUUUGAACAACAUUUUCUCAUCGUCUCACGCUAUUUCUUGGCAUUUAGAAAGCAUUAAAGAUAGAUUAAAUAAUGAUGAACUAAGUGCGUUGGGAUUGUUUGCACAAUUGGUGAAUUCUGGUUCAAUAACUCCGGCUCAAGGUCUGAUAGAUUCGGUAAACAAGAACUGGAAUUGGGCUAAAAAUAUGUUAACCAUGGUUGAAAAGAAUACCUUAAGAGUUAUCUUCAUUUCUGACAGGGGAAAAGUUUACAGACAUAUUUUGUCGUUACCGUCCUACCAUAGAAAGAGCAGCUUGCAAUUUGACAAUAAAACAUUGGAGAGUAGAAAUGAGAAGAAAGAAAUAAGACGACAAAAGACGUUGCCAAAUAGAAGUUAUUUUAACUCUAUUUUAAGUGAAAGAUCAGAACCAAAUGGAGAUGACAUAAUUCCGCAGCAUGAUCAUUUAAGAAAUGACAGUCCUUUGAGCUUAAUUAUGAGCAAGAAACACAGAAGAGGUGAACACAGAGGCAGCGGAGAUAUUUUCAAAGCCUUAACUUCAAUGCAAAAAUUAAGUAUGUUCCAAGAAGUAGCCUCUAAUCUCCCAGCAGACGAUCGUUUAGAAAUCCUGGAACUAAUUCAAAGCAUUCAGACCGCCAAGUCCAGACGAUCCUUAGCAAAAAGAUGGUCAGCAACCCUACCUCAAGUGAACCAUGGUCAAAAAAAUAAAUCACCAUCAAACAAUGAGGUUGUCCAAAAAUAUACGCCCAAAGAAGAAAGUGCUGGGAUUAAAGUAACCGUUGAACCCAAAGAGAAAAGACCCAAAGAACCGGUCAGAAAGACCAGCGUUCUUUUGGAGAGCUGCAGAGCAGCUAGGAUAAGGGAAGAUAGCGGGGUGUUUUAUUUGAAUGACAGUUUUAAGAUUAAGUCGUUAUUGAGCAAGAGUGAUUCGUUUAAAUAUUAGAAUUUUGGGUGCACACGAAUUUUGAUCCAAAAAACAAUUUCAAAAGAAGACUUUGGAAAAAUUUUUCUUCUUUUAAGUAUCAGUUUUGAUUUAUUUCGAUUAUUUAUAGAGACACGCAGAUAUGCAGGUACAGUCCAUGAAACCUCUUAUGAGGGUAGCCUAACUGUGUUGUUAGAGACGGAGCUUCAAAUGAGGCUUCAGUAUUCUACAUGGUAUAUAUUUAAAGUUUAUUUGUACAGAGGACUGACCAGUCUUUUUAGAAUUAGAUUCAUUUAAUGUUUUUAUUGUUCACUUUGUGGUUUGGGUAGAAGAAUCCAAAAGUAUUAUAAUAAUUUUUAAAUAUACAUUUUUAAAAUAG